AUGUCCAUUUCCAACGGCCAGCCAGCUUGGCCAUCUCCCCUUCUGCACCAUACAAACAGUACCAGGUCUUUGAAUCCUCUCGAUGAUGGAACGGCGCGUACCCAGACCCCCGUCGACAAUAAUACGGCAGAGUUGGUGCCUGAGGCAUCCGUCGAUAUCGAAGAAGAAGCCCGUCGCGCUCUUUUUGCCGACUUGUAUCGCAAGACCGAGGACAAAAUUGCCUUGUUGUUUGCCGAGGAUGGUUCUUAUAACCUCGACGCGAUUGCAGGGCUGAAGCGAUGUGCCCCUACCCCUACCGUGACGCUCCCCCCCACCACCGAUCACGAACCCAUCAAAGAACCGCCCUACAAAAAGGCCAAACGUGCCAUUGAUGAAGAUGACUAUGAUGACGACGAUGAAGAUGAAGAUCAAGAAGCCGCUGCGCCUGCGCCUGCGCUGAAAGCGCAAGGUUCCUCCGCCUCUGUCGCCGCCAACUCUCUGUUGUCCCCUUCCAAGUCUGGCAGCUCCCCCGUCCAUUCGCUCAACUCUCCAGGAAGACUAGCAGAAAAGCUAAAAUCUAGCUACGAAGAGUCGCAGAAUAAGGCAAAGGCCGGGGAAAUUAACGACGGUGCCAUCAAAAGUUUGGAAGAGGCCAGGUUGGCCACCGAGGAAGCUGCGAGGCGUAGCUUCCACACCAUUAUUUACACACUGGAAAACGAUCGAACGGCGAUGCUCGAGCAGCAGCGACUGGAAGAUUCGGAAAAGCAGCUGCAAGCUGAGAUGGACAACAAUCAGGCCAAUGGAGCCGGCGGUGCCCACUCAAGCAAUCAAGGCUCCCUGAGUAGUGCGAAUCUCGGUGCUUCAAGCCUGACCCUCAAACAUCUCAUCGCCAGAAUCGACAUGAAGCGUGACCAAGUAAGAGCCUCGGAUGCUGAGCUUCGACUUCUCAUGAACGAGGUUCGCAAAAACCGAAGCAAGUGGGCGAGCGAGGAAAAUGUCAACCAGGAAGAGUUAUACGAAGCUUUUGAGAAGGUUUUGACGGAACUCAAGGCGCACACAGAAUACUCUACCCCCUUCCUGCAGCGAGUCAACAAGAGGGACGCGCCAGAUUAUUAUACCCUCAUCAAAAACCCAAUGGACCUUGGCUCAAUGACGAAAAAGCUCAAGUCCCUGACGUACAAAUCAAAGACGGAUUUUGUUGCGGAUCUGAACUUGAUAUGGGACAACUGUUUAAAAUACAACCAGGAUAUGAACAGUCCGCUCCGUAGAAUGGCUAAUGGAAUGAGGAAAGAGGCCGAGAAGCUUAUUCCUCUCAUCCCGGAUCUCGCCGUCCGCUCCCGGGCCGAAGUGGAGGCAGAGGAGAGAAGGAAGCAGAAUGGCGGCGACGAUGACGGUGGCGACGACUCUGACGAUGAGCCGAUUAUGUCGUCUCGUGGUCGAAAGGCCACGACAAAGGGUGCCAAAUCGCGCACUGCCCCGACUGACCAAAAGGAGGACACGCCCGUGGUGGAUCAAAAACCAGUUUUACAACUCAAUGGACUCCUCGGAAAAGCUGGGAGGGAGGGAUCUGAAGUUGACGGGAGCAAUGGGCUUUCGACCCCACCGAUCGCUGGUUCUAUAACUCCGUCCGGUGCAUUGAAUGGGCAUUCCGGUAUUGCGAGCAACGCUGAUGCUAUGGAUAUUGACGGGCCAAGCCUGAGCACCAUGGCACUGAAUCAAGCGUUUGGUGAGGCUGCUGAACAAGCUUAUGAGGACGAAGAGUAUAAGAUUUGGAAACAAACCACGAAGAAGGAUCGAGCUCUAACUGCGAAGGAGCGCCAUUUCUUGUUCAAGGAGAAUCGUCUGAACAUGGAUGCCCCAGCGCUUUUGAGAAGUCGAGGCGGCAUGCGCUGGUUUCUGAAGCAUCAAAGGGAAGCUGAGACUAUGGGCAUUGCCGCACACCCGUCUCUGGGCAGCGUGGCUGGGACAGGAAAGGAUUCAUCGGCGAGCAAAGGUUCAGAAACGCUCGCCCAGGGCAUUGACGAAGAGACAGAACAGGUCAUGCCUGACUACUACAAUCCGCUGACCAGUAUCCCUGAUAUCCAGCCCAAUCUUCAGUGGGUUGACGAUGGAGAGGGACAUGCGAUUAAUCAGCACGAGGCAUUCCUCAGACUUGUGCCCCCCGGCUCCUUCGUUGCGCCAAAGAGCCGGCUGACGAAGAAGGUGGAUGACAACAUCCGUCAGAUUCAAGAAACCAGAAAACUCGCGACCAAAAUCUCAGUCAUCAAGCAGAUGCAGGUCCAAUCGCAGGUGUACACGAACCAGUUCCCCAAAUCGAACACCGAGGCCUUCAUCGAGCAAGAUAUCGAACCACACUUCAUCUCUGAUGACGGGCCUGUAAUGGCUUCGGAAACCUGUCAAGAUGCUCUCAAGCGUUCUGUCGCCAAAAUCCUCUACCACACGGGUUUCGAGGAGUUACAGCCGUCCGCUAUCGAUACCUUGACCGGAAUUGCUGCCGAUUAUUUCCAGAAGCUGGUCAGAACGUUCAACAUUUAUCGCGAGGCUGAAAAGACAACAGUGCGAGGUCUGGAAGGACCCCAGACGCGGUCUCGAUUCACGCCCGAAGAAGUUGUUCUGCAUGCGCUCGAAGAAAGCGGUCACGAUGUUGCGUCACUUGAAUCUUAUGCGAAGGAUGAAGUCGACCGGUUGGGCUCAAGACUGGGUGUCCUCCAUGAACGCAUGAAGCUGCAUCUCACUGAUCUACUACGGCCUGCCCUCUCCACGGAUGCCGGAGCUGACGGGGUAGGAGCAUUCAAGGAUGGUAGCGACCAGUUCAUGAGCGGCGACUUUGCUGAUGAUCUCGGCGAGGACUUCUUUGGCUUCAAGGCCCUCGGCUUGGACAAGGAGAUGGGGCUCGACUCUUUCUCGGUUCCGUUUCACCUCCUUCACAGCAGAGUGCGUAACCAAUACCAGAUGCAGACGCAGACGGCGGGCGCAAUAUCGGCAGAUAUAUUUGAGGCUUUACCGCCGUCCGAGCCCGUUACAAACGACGGCAUCCAGGAAGAAAUCGGCCUGGUUAAGAACUUCUUCCUCGCCAAGUUGCACGCCAAUGGAGACCAACCUCUGGUCGAGGAUGAAGACUUGCCGGUCAAGCAGCGCAAGCCUCGUCCACGCCUGGGGGCAAGUGGCAAGAUCAUCUCGGCCCAGAAGCGGCCGCCACGAGAACAGCUAGCACUGGCAAAGAAGAAGAAGAAGAUGGAGCUGGCGGCGGCAGCAGCUGAAGCCAAGGCGAAUGCGACACCCGAAAAGGGGCCCAACGCUGGAACAGGAAUAACCAACACGACGCCAGCGAAGAAGAAAACCAUGACAAUCACGCCCGUUCCGCCGCCGAACCCAGCUCUUCUUGCCCUCACGGCGAGCAUGGAAAGAAGUGACAGCAUGCAAAGCCAAGGUGGCGCAAGUCAGACGGAGAAGGAUGAUAACAUUGCCAUGAUGAGCCCAGACAGCAUCGCCCAGUAG